CGAAGCUCUGCUCUACUCCGGUGAUUCAUUAGAAGUGUUUGUUUGUUUGUUUAGGGGACUUCUGCUGAGCAGGACACUCGCUUCUCUAAUAAGCAAGCUAAGUUGUUAAAAUCUCAGAAGUUCGCUCCUGAAUUGGAACAUCUGGUGGACAUGACAAAGGUCAAGAUGGAUGUAAUGAAACCAUGGAUUGCUAAGCGAGUUACUGAGCUUAUUGGUUUCGAAGAUGAAGUGCUUAUCAAUUUUAUUUAUAGCCUUCUUGAACGAAAGGUAGCUAAUGGCAAGGAGCUUCAAAUUUCACUUACUGGAUUCAUGGAAAGAAACACUGGAAAAUUCAUGAAAGAGCUUUGGGCAUUACUACUUAGUGCACAGAACAAUGCCAGUGGUGUUCCUCAACAGUUCCUAGAAGCCAAAGAAGAGGAAAUGAGAAACAAGAAGGCUGAGAUGGAUCGAAUUGCAAAUGAGAUUCAGAAGAAAAAGGAGAGAGAGAACAGGGAGCUGGAUCAAGAGAGAAGGAAGAAGAUGGAUGAUUAUGGCAGCAAUUUGAGACAGAAAAAUGCUUCACGGGAGCCAACUCCAAAACAACAGCUUCAAGUGCGCUUGAUGGAUGAUUUAGAUCCUGUUGAGAGAAACGGAUCAAGAGUAAGAAACAGGGUCUCUAAAUCCCCACGGUCAGCAGAUCAUUCACUCUCCCCCAGGAAAUCAAGGUCAAUCAGCAAGUCAUUCUGCAAUUCGAGGAGUUACUCUGGUGAAAGGCACAGGUCACAAAGUACAUCCGGAUCUCCAGAAGAAAGGAGAUGUCGCUCUGUUUCAUCUGAAAGGGCAUAUCACUCUGCACCAAAGUGUUCUGUUUCACCUCGUAGGAAACAUUCACCUCGACAAUCCCAUUCUCCACCAAGGCAUAGGCGAAGAUCAACUUCUCGAGUACGUCGAAGGUCACCUUCUCCUGCAAGAUACCGAAGACAUUCUCCAUUCCGACGUAGAUCAAGGUCUCCGCUUCGACGUAGAUCAAGGUCUCCGCUUCGACAUAGGUCGAGGUCUCCCAUUUGGCGUAGAUCACGAUCCCCUAUAUGGUGUAGGUCAAGGUCUCCAAGUAGACGCUCACCAGUGCGAUACAGAUCAAGGUCACCUAUUAAACGUCGAUCACCACUUCGACGCAGAACACCAUCUCCAACGCAACGUAAGUCCCCUUCUCCAGUGAGUCGGGGGUACCACCGAUCUCCAUUGAGUCCUCGGCAAAGUUCUCCAUUCCUAGUUCAACGAAAACCCUCCAUUUCUGGUAGGAAGAGAUCCUUAACCCCUGCCAGAAGGUCUCUUUCAUCUCAAGAAUCACUUUCCCCAUCACCCAUUUACCGCAGGUCUCCUUCACCAAUCAGAAAGAGAAUAUCGAAGAAUGAAAGGUCACCAGUUCAAUCUCUUCGAGGAAGGAUAAGGAGCCGUGAGAAAUACUCCUCUGUUCGAUAUGCUUCACCAGUAAAAACUGAGGCCCAUAAAGGAUCCAGAUCUUUGGAACGUAGACGUCCUACUUCUUUUGGGUCACCACAGAAGAGGAUAUAUGACCGUAAGGAUUCACGAGAAAAAGAGCUGCCUUUGCCGCCUCAGCUAAGCCGGUCACCAUCUGUUCCAGAAUCUCCACGUCGCUCUAGAUCUGACUCAGAAUCUCCACCAACCAAAAGGGGAAGGAGUCCUAGUGAAGAUAGAGGGCCAAGGAGUACUUUGAACCGGAGGGAGAUAAAGACAAGUGACUUUGACAGCCUUAGUCCAAGUAAAUUGAGAGAGCAGAAAGUUAGUUCUGACAUUUCUGAGAAAAUCGCAGAUCAGAAAGAAAUGAACCAUUCAAGGGAGGCUUUUGAGCAUAAACCUAGGUCUUCAAGAAAAAUUCCCACAACACCCGAUCCAUAUAAAGAUCUUGGGAAGGGGUUUGUUGAGAAAGAAUUUUCAGACAUUCAUUGCCGUUCAGAUCGAUUGGAGUCGAGAAAGCGAAAUGAAGCGAUUAAGAGUGAAAGAUUUUCAGGAACUAUGGAGCACACAAAGGAACUGGAUAAACAAAAGUCACCAUCAACUCAUAGACACUCUCAUUCAGUUAAAAGGUUAAAGGAAUCAUAUGAUUGGGAGAGUGUCAAAGCAGAUAAGGAAAACCUGUCUCACACAAACGAUACCAAGGGCAAAGAGCUACAUGUUGAGUCUGAAGCUCCCCUCACUUCAUCAAAGAAAGUUGAGCAGAAUGAUUUAAGUAGUAAUGAGGGUUCUGGUUUCGAGGAAAGUGAAAAGCGUAGAGCUAAAAUUAAGGAUAAAAGAAAGCAUAAGAGGUCUGACAGAUAUGAGUCAACGUCAGAUGAUAGCUCUGAUUCUGAUGUUGAGGAUAGGAAGGAGGCUAAAAAGAGAAGGAAAGAGGAGAGAAGAUUGAAGAAAGAGGAGAAGCGUCGCCGGCGGGAGGAGAGGCGGCGCAGAAAGGAAGAAAGACGUUCCCAGAAACUAAAAUCGAAGUCAGCUAAUGCCAUAUCCUCGCCUUCAGAUACAGAGAGGAAUCCUGAUAAUCAUGCUUCUGAUGAUGAACAUCUGAGGAAAGAGGGUCAACAUGGACGUGAGAUUGGGGAGUCAGAGUCCUUGCAGAAAAGACUUGAGAUUGAGCUACGGGAGAAGGCUCUCGAGUCUCUUAGAGCAAAAAAGGGUGUCAGUCAUUAAGAUUGUUGCUUCUUUUGGACAUUAUUAAGCUGUCAUUCUUGUCCUAAUAGUCCUGUUCUUUCAGCUUGCUUUAUCAAUCUAGAACUGAAUAUUUAUCGUGGAUGUGUUGUUUAUGCAUAUUUAAUGUAGUCUAUCUUUACCUCUGGCAGCUGAAUUGCAUAAAAGAGGGUUUCCUGAGCUAGUGUGUUGACUUCAACUUUAUGCUGACAUACCUGCUAAACCUUCUGGUAAUAAUUGUCUUCCCUUUCCUGGGAAUGUGUUUGUUUCCUAAUCCACUGGAAAUAUUCUUUUGGUGGCUCAUUAUAGCCUUAACACAAGUUCUUAUUUUUUGGUCCUUUAUGAAUAUACAAAAUUGUUUUUUUUU